AUGGCGGAUUCCAAGAGGAAGACAUUUAAAACCGCUGUUGCGGCAGAGAGAGUUAGAACACGUGACAUGACGUCACGUCACCCCACCCGCAAGAGGAAAUUCGAUAUAAAUGAGGGGGAACCAGUUAAAUCCCCUCCAGCGGGUGGAAAAUCGACUGCCGGUGGCCCAACAGCCACCGGAACCAAAUUGGCAGGCUCGAAUACCGUUUCUCCAAUACCAGGGCCCAGUAAUACGGUGACCCUGCAGCCUGCCAAUGCAGCACCAUACAGGUGUCAAAUAUGCGAGAGGCCCUAUGAGACAAAAAGUGGCCUCAACAAACAUCUCCUAACAUGUGGCAAGCGCGAUCGAACUAAAUGCCAAUAUUGCAAAGCAGGUUUUACUACAUACACAGGGGUGCGGCUUCACGAGCAGAGGGCACACCCCGAAGCAGAAAACGACAGCAGGAGGAGGGAACUACGAAGGCCUGAUUCCGAAAUCUAUGAUAUACUGGCAAACAUCGAGAUCCAGUCACAUAAAGGCCCCUUUAUGGCGAAAAUGGUUGCCGAAUCAGGUCUGACGAAGGACCAAAUACGGCAUCGAAGAGAUAAACCCAUCUAUAAGCAAUACCUCGAUGCCGCUAGGAAGAAACAGCAACCAAUCCCUUCUCCCAGUGUGCCAUGUGAGCCGCCCACCUGCCCAACGAACGAGAAGAUCGACCAUCAGGCAGCGACAUCGACGCCACCAACAGCUCGCGACGAUGUAAAAGAGGGUGAGUGCUCCUCCGCGGUUGCGUCCGCACUAUCGCCAAUCACUCCAGAUCCGAUGACAAGCAGGAAGAGGAUUCGGAAUGAAUCGAUGUCGCCUCUGUCCAGCCUACAGUAA